GCCAGGGAAGGAACCUGCCUGCCGCCGCCAGCCUCUCGCAGGGGGGCCUCUCUCCACGCGGGAGGAGGAGCCGGAGCUCCGAGCGGAGCCCAGGCCAGAGCCCCAGGGGCACCAUGGUGUGCCACACUCUCUUUACCCUGCUCGUCUUCGCGACAGGUUUAAGAGUACAGAGUCUGCCUAUAACCACCUCCUUUCCUGUUUCUCUUCCAACAAAAUUUACCACAUUGUCUCCAGUCUGGACCAAUGCUCCACAAAAUACUGUUGAUGUCACCACCUCCCCCAGCAAUAGCACACAGAAUAACUCGUUAUUAACGGUGACGUUGUCAGCUGAAACAACUCCACUUCCCGGAAACAUAUCAGUAACACCAAGAGACCCAGACAGCACCAGCAAAGUCUCCGUACAAGAAUCCACAGUUACCACUGUCGGUCAGGAGGGAGAAGGAAAAGCAAAAAACCAGUCAUUGCAUGGGCCAUUGCCAACGAGCAGCCAAGACCAGCUUAUAACCACCCAUGCAGUACUCAGCUCUGCAAUACCAGAAAUCAGUAAUGAUACAACAACUCCAAGCACAGUUUUUCCUCCUCCAUCAGAUGGAGAAGGAGUCACCUCCCCUCAGCCAUUGGCCUCAUCUUCUUCAUCGUCAUCUUUGUUGCCACCAAAGGUGUCUCCAACCAGUGUAGUCACAGCUUCCAUUACAACUGAAAGCACGACCCGCCAAGAGAGCAGUGAAGGAACCUUGGGAACUCCCACAACUACACCCCCUGGAGCUCACCUCAUUCCUAAUGAGACCCCAACACUUCCUACUUCAUCUGGGCCUAUGAUAGAAGAGACAACUUCCCAAGUGACUAUGCCAACCUAUGAGGCGGGCGGGACUGACAGUAACACGGUGUCCCCUCGGAUAAUCAUGGAGCAAGUUCAGCAUGCAUUAAGUUCAGGAAGCGUGGUAGCCAUUACCGUGACAGUGAUUGCAGUGGUGCUGCUGGUGUUUGGAGUAGCCGCCUAUCUGAAAAUCAGGCAUUCCUCCUACGGAAGGCUGCUGGAUGACCAUGACUAUGGAUCCUGGGGCAACUAUAACAACCCACUUUAUGAUGACUCCUAACAGAGGAACACAGAAUGGGAAAAGACAUAUAUGUUCUUUAAUUUAAAAGUGCUUAUCCAGUAGCAUUAAUGCUAAUUACCUGAUACGCAUUCAAUGACAAUCCUGUGGCCUGUUUUGUUGGUUUUAUUGUUUUGUUGUUUGGUUAUUUGUUUUUUAAUUUUUAUUUUUCUUCUCUUCUGGUUUCUGCUUCCCUUCUCUUUAAGAAAAAAAAAAAGAGCUACCAUUUUUAGGUGAAUCCAAAUUGAAUCUCAACUGAGUGAGACAACAUGGAAGCCCAGACCACCCUCACUGCUUUGGAGAAGGGAUGUACUUUUGGGGGAGCAAGGAUGGCUUUUAUGUGGGAAAUCAUAUUAAAUCUCCAUAAAAGAAAGCCCGAGAAAAUGAUCACUAGAGGGGUUUUCAUCUGCAGAAGCUCAUGUUUCUUGGAUUCCUUUUUAAUCUCUGUUUAUCUGGUCCUGGACCCCAGCUGCAGCUCUGCAGAAAUGGUUGCAGGCUCUUUCUUCUCCUAAUUAAGGAAUGAUCAAAAUAAAAAGUGCAUGAAAGGAGGGAGUCUGCCAAGGGGCAGAAUUAACAAGUGAGUUUCAGAUCCUGACGUGUUCCUUAGUUCUCUGCUUCACAAGGUGUCUCGGAUUAAGGAUGCCCAAGACAUCCCACUUCUGUUGGAAAAGCCCAUUCACUUGCAAGCUUGCUGAUGGCCCAAUGAGGGCCCUUUAAGGUGAACUUAGUUUGAGGUAGGAGAAGGAGACAAGUAAGGGUGUCAGCCCACCAGAAAUCGUGGGAGUAUUUGGAUAUUGGGGCAGGGAUGCAGAAAAGGCAGUAUCACAGAGACCUCUGAGUAUGCUGUGGCCUACGCUUUAUCUGAAGGAGUUCACAGAAUCCUUUCCAUGGGCCCAUGAGAUUGCUGGCCAUGGCCUUAUUAACUUUCAGUAAACCCAGGUCAGCUGCAGAUGUAUUCUGAAGGCAUUUCUUCAAUUUCUCAGCUACACAUCCCUCUAGACAGGGAAUUUACUGUGUGAUCAAUUCAUUUCUUGGCCCCUAUGCCUGCACUUGCUAAUUCUCCUCUUACUCACUGUAUGGACAAGCCAGGGCAGGUAUUUAUUUCCUGCAUAAAGAAACUUGAUUAAAUACCAGCACCCUUUUAAGGAAAUGGAAUCAUUUGUGAAACCUAUUCUUUCUAUUAUUCCCCAAAAGCUGAGAAGAUAAAGUAGGAAAAAAAGAUUGUUCACUUGGACAAAAUGAGGCCCACACAAAUAUAUAUUUUUUUUAACAACAGCUUCAAUCACCAUACUGACCUUUACAACAUCCAUAUCCUGGUGGGAUACAAAUAUUUUUUCUACCUGUUUUCAAACAUGUCAUCACCCCCUCUCCUGUGAUGAGCACAGUCUAAAUUACAUAGAGAAUGUAAAACCUGGUCCGAUAUUAUUUCAGUCAGUCAACAAGCAUUUAUUAAAGUACUUACUUUGCGCCAGGCAUUGUGCUAAGCUCUGGAGAUACAAAGAAAGGCAAAAAAAAAUUUUUUUAAGUCCCUGCCCUCAAAGAACUUACAGGGUAACUCUUGCUGCUCAUAGAUAAUAACAUGUUUGGUAUACAGGAACUCUGUGCUUUCCUCCAUCCCUCUGGUCUCCCGCAAAUGAUGUACUAUGCCCCUAAACAAUAACAAUGGGUGGCCACCCAGCCUACAUCCUUUCUCCUACCACUGUCCAGAAGUGGCAUGGUUCCUCUUAGGUGCCAAAAUAGAGCAUUCGGCCACCAUAACCCUUUACUACAAGGAUUUAGUAGAGGACAGGAGCCGCUUCUUAGAGGGUACAGGUUAUUUUCUUUUAAAGACAACAGGAAACAAAACAGGAAAAUUUCUCUAUCCUCCACCUAACAAUUAAAAAAAAUACAAAUUUUUUUCCUCCAUUUUAUCUUCUCAUAUUUUCAGGAAUAUCAGAGUAGUUUUCAUGUUACUUGUCAGCCAUGAAGGUUCUUUCGUGAGCCUAGUAGGGUCUUUAUAGAAUAAGGUAGAAAGGGUUAAGUGGCUGUUCUGGCCAUGGCCCCUACUGGUGAUGUCUCUACUCCCACCUCUUCCUCUCCAGUCUCUCCUACCCAACAACACCCACUGUCCUAAAUUUAACAUGUAUGUCCCUUGAAAACAGGGCCUGUUUCAUGUUUGUCUUAAUGUUCCCAGCAGCUAGGGUACUUAAUAAAUUGGUAGUUAGCUGAUUUAUUCAUUGACUCCCAGAGGUCUUGGCCAGUUGAGGAGCACGAAAGGAAUACCAGAACCCCACUCUGGGAAACAAAAGAUCAUGUUACAACAAGAAAAUUCACUUAAGCUGCAGCAUUUUAACCAAGAGGUGAUGCUGGGUUCUGCCCCUGAAGUUUUAUGUACCUACCAGAGAGUUCAGACUCUGCCUAAGGAAUCAAUCAACAAACAUUUAUUAAGCAAUUACUAUAGCCAAGCAUUGUGCUAAGCCCCAAGGAUACCAAUAAAAAGGGAAAAGUAUCUGACCUGAAGGAGUUUUCAUUCUAAUGAGAGAGAUAAUACAUACACAGAUAAAUCCAGAGAUGGAAGGCAGCCUUAAAAUGCAUAAUAUUAGCAGAUAAUAGAACAAUAAAAAAAAGUCUCCUAUAGGAAUUAGCCCUUAAAUUAUAUGUUAAAGAAAGCUAGGGAUUCUGAGAGUUGGAGGUUAGAAGGGAGAGCAUUCCAGGUAUGGUAUUCAACCAAUGCAAAGGCUGAAAAAAGAUGGCAGAUGGAAUGUAUGUGGCCAGUAUAGUUGAACCAUAGAGCGAGGGAAGGGAGUAAUGUGUUAGAUGCCUGGAAAAAUAGGAAGGCACCAUAUUGGGAAGAGGUUUAAAUGUCAAAAAGAGAAAUCUACAUUUGAUCGGAGAGGCAUUCAAGAGCCAUUUUGAAAUUACAACUUUACUGGUGGAAAUUACAGCCUUACAACUUUAAGAAUAUCAUUCUGGCAGCUGUUAUGGAUGAUGGAUUGGAAUGGGAAGAGGUUUGAAGCAGGGAAACCAAUCACAAGGCUAUGGCCCAGAUGAGAGGUGACGAGGGCCUAAAGUAGUCUGGAGGCUACAUGAGUGGAGGGAAGGGAAUAGAUGUGACUGAUGGAGAGAAAGAAAUGACUAGAUUUGUUGUUGUUGUUUCUGUUU